GUCAAUUUGCAUAAGGUUUCGCAGUCGCAGCAGCGAAAUAAAGUUGAUAAUUGACAAAGACAGCAAGGCGAAAGAAACAUAAAAAGUCAGCAGUGCAGUUGAAGAUGAAGAAGUUUGCAAAGGGUAUAAAGAUAUAAAUGUAAAGGAGGAAGUAAAAAAGCAAAGAAAAGCGGAGAGAAAGAAAGAAAAAUAUAUUUUGACAACGUUUUUUCCAUUCGCGAAACGAACUACGUCUUAUAAAACAAAAUAAUCAGUUUAAAAUUUAGCUGAAAUACAAAUUGAUCAUAAAAAAGAUAGCGAAACACAUAUUAUUAAUCGCUGAAAGUGCAAAACAGUGAACGGGUUCGGGCAAAAAAGCCUGGAAGGUGACAAGGAUCAACCAAGUAAAACAACAGCAACGAGACCAUUAAAAAUCACUACGUACGAUUCCAUUGGAUUCAAUUUGCGUAUAAUAAAUAACAGAGCUUUACUGAUAAAAAAGCGAAAAGUCUUGAGGAGGUGUAAAAAUAGACGAAGGCAAGAAUUAGCGGAACCAUGAGUGUUGUACGACACUUUGUGCUACUGUCACAAUUGCCUAAACUGGGACCAAAUUACUACUGGUUAAAAGGAGUCUGUUGCGCCAGCGUCGUUAGUCAGAUCAGAAGUCCCAAUGGCACGGUAACCUCAACACGUUGCCUGCACAAUCAUACAGAUGGCAAUGGACCCUUCCGCACAACCGUCACAGCUACCGCGGCGUCGUCGGGCAAUGGCAGCACCACUAGCGGCAGCACCACAUCGGGCACAGGCGCCAGCAAUGGCGGUUCGAUGGGUGGUGUCGGCGGUGGUGGUGGCGCCACGACCACAGGCAGCGGCGGUGAACCACCCAAUGACAAGAAUAUACUCUCCUGUCCGAAAUGUGGUAAUCCAUGCACCCAAGUGGAGACUUUUGUCAGUUCGACACGUUUCGUGAAGUGCGCCAAAUGUAAUCACUUCUUCGUUGUGCUCUCCGAAGUCGAUACGAAGAAGAAUGCAAAGGAGGAGCCGAAAAAUUAUCGCAAACCACCACCGCCACCACAGAAAAUUAUGGAGUACUUGGAUCGUCAUGUGGUCGGACAGGAUUUUGCGAAAAAGGUACUCGCCGUCGCCGUGUACAAUCACUACAAACGCAUACACCAUAAUUUGCCACAAGUGCAGACGCAAACGAACAUACAGUCCAACGAUGCAAUGGGCCGCACCGAUUUGCUGCAUAUAUCCGGUAUUGGACACACAAUAGGUAACACAUCAGGCACAGAAUUGCCGCCGAAGGGGCACUUGUCCGGUGCUGGUAAUAGCAGUGGCGCACAUCAUGCGCAUUCGGAUAGCGGUUCGGAAAUAUUGGAUAAGCAAAAUUACGAAGUCAAAUUGGAGAAGAGUAAUAUUUUGAUGUUGGGCCCAACCGGUUCGGGUAAAACUUUGAUUGCACAGACAAUUGCACGGUGUCUCGAUGUACCGUUUGCGAUCUGUGAUUGCACCACCCUCACACAAGCCGGCUAUGUUGGUGAGGACAUCGAAAGCGUAAUUUCAAAGCUGCUACAAGACGCUAACUACAAUGUUGAGCGCGCUCAAACCGGCAUUGUGUUCUUGGAUGAAGUCGACAAAAUCGGCGCUGUGCCCGGCAUACAUCAGUUGCGUGACGUGGGCGGCGAGGGUGUGCAACAGGGCAUGCUGAAAAUGCUGGAAGGCACCAUCGUCAACGUGCCCGAACGUAAUUCACCGCGUAAAUUGCGAGGCGAGACUGUACAAGUGGACACGACGAAUAUACUUUUUGUGGCGUCGGGCGCCUAUACUGGACUGGAUCGUCUUAUUGCAAGGCGACUCAACGAAAAGUACUUGGGUUUCGGCAUACCAUCAACAAAUUCGUCCGGGCGUCGUGCCGCUCAAUCGACCGCUUCUCCGAUGGACAGUGAUCAGGAGGAACGUGAUAAAAGCCUGAAAAAAGUGCAAGCUAGAGAUCUCGUCGAAUUCGGCAUGAUACCUGAAUUUGUUGGUCGCUUCCCCGUCAUUGUUCCCUUCCACAGCCUCAAUGUGAGUAUGCUGGUGAGAAUUCUAACCGAACCCAAGAAUGCCUUAAUACCGCAGUACAAGGCGCUCAUUGGCAUGGAUAAGGUGGAGUUAACAUUCGAGCGUGAUGCCAUCGAAUCGAUAGCCGCCAUGGCAAUGGAGCGUCAUACCGGCGCACGUGGCCUCCGUUCGAUUAUGGAGCAAUUGUUGCUAGAUCCCAUGUUUUUGGUGCCCGGUUCCGACAUCACCGGUGUACACAUCACCGCCGACUACGUGAAGGGCGACGCACAGCCUGUGUAUGUACGCAAAGAAAAUGGCGAUGACGGUACCGCGGAUGAGAAUGAUAGUGAGGGUAAAAACUAUGAGGACAGCGAAAGCGCCAAAGUACGCAUCACGCAAUAAAUUGACACUAUAGAACACGUCAGAAAUGUUGCGGCAACAUGUUGCUAUCAAAGCAGUGCAUGAGUGCUUUUGUUUAAACAAAAACCAAAAAAACUCGGCUUUUGUUCGAAGCAUUCUCACCAAAAUAACAACAAAAAACAAGGCAAAUGUGUUUGCGGUUGCGUUGUGGCGUUGCGUUGGUCCUCCUUUUACUACAACUACACAAAUUGUUCAAGUACACCCCGUACUUUACGUUAUAUUUUUGAACAGCUAAUAGGAAACAGAAUAUCUUUAAGAAAUAUUUAAAGGCAAAAAAGCAACAAAAAAAAAACACAUUUAUAUAUUGAAAUUGCCCAGCAAACAAUAAUCAAUUAUUUUCAAUAUAUAUUAUUAUGAUCAUUAUUAUUAUUAAAUGAGCACUACUUAUGUAUAUUUUUAGUCUAUAUUUUGCAAUAAACGCAAAUAAGAAAAGUUAA